UGUAUAUUGUAUAUAUAUUUAAUUGUAGCCAAAUAUUGUGGUUAAAGGUACAACAGCCACGUCUUUAUCGCAGUUUCCGGUUGAUGUGUGGCUCGAGCUGUAGGAACGACUAGUAGUACACUAGCUAAUAGUACUAGAGACAGAUAAUAGUGUAGAGACAAUUGGUUUUAGACACAUUUUCAGGUCUCUGAUUGCAGUUAAAAAACACUAAAUUGUAAUCAGUUUUUAAAUAAGACAAUUAGGAUCCAUUCUAACGGUAAACAAUCCAGCUAAAAGGUUAGCACACACUGAUCCAGGCAACACUGGAGCAGUAACUUUAGUCAAUGCUAGCUACAUCGUGUCUUUGUGUUGGUGGAUUUGUGUUUUAAUAAUGAUGCACUCAGUUUGCUUGUAGGAACUCUUGUUUGACAAGUAUCUACAAGCUGACUCCAUUUGUAAACAAAAAACAGAAACCGUAAGAGCGUUUUCAAUUUUGGCUUACUCAAGUCAAAACAGGAUUUAAUUAUUUUUCACCCAUUCAGCACCCGUAAUGUAAUCAAAAUAAUCUAAGCUCAAAUUUUCAUCCAUUAGCCAUCUUUCAGAGCUUUUAGUCAUAUCUCACAGUCUUCAUUCAUCAACGAGUGAAGACAGACCCAGGAAAAAUGCUAACGCUGCUAUGCUCAGUAACUAUGAGGUGUUCAAACUCCUGACAGACCUGAAGGAACAGAGGAAGGACAGCGGGAAGAGCAAACACAGCACCGGGCAGCAGAACCUCAACACCAUCAUGUAUGAGACGCUGAAGUACCUGUCAAAGACGCCCUGCAGCAGGCAGACUCCAGAGAUCGUCAAAGAGUUCCUGACCACCAUGAUGCCUCACAAACUCACAAAGGCAGAAAAACUGCAGCUAUUGAACCACCGGCCACAGACAGCAGUGGAAAUUCAGCUAAUGGUGGAGGAGAGUGAAGAGCGGUUAUCAGAGGAGCAGAUUGAGGAGCUCAUCCACACGGUCGCAGACGUCCUACCUGGUGACCCGGAGCAGGAGAACGCAGCUCCAGCAGAUGCAGAAAUGGAUGAAGCAGUUGAACAGUCAUGACAAAGUGACGGGCCAGAAAUGACCCAUGGGUGGAGAACUGGAGUGAAGGCUAAAAUGAUUACAGAACUGGACUGGUUGCUUUUACUUGCCCCAUUUUGCAUCACUGUUUUGAACUGAACAGCAUGCUGACAGAAAGGAUGCAAAAUGGCUGCCUGGCUUUGGCUAAAAGGACCUCAUCACAUUUAAAAAUGCCUCAUUAAAUGACUCCCGUUAAGAGAUGUCACAGAUGUCUUGUUUUGCAUCUGACUGGUCUAAUUUGUAUUUCACAUCAGAUAAUGUUUAUGUGGAGACAGUCUGCUAUUAACCUGGUAUAUUUUUGCUUUCUGACUCAAUGUUAUUUGUCAGUUUCUACUGUGGUGCAUAGAAAUAAGGGUUUUUGCUGCUAUAUGAUUUCCCAAGCUGUAAUAUAAGUCAGUCAUGCAAUUAAACUUUGGUACAGCACUAA